AUGACUAGUCAGACAUUGAGCCUUCCGCUCCUUCGGGGCUCUAUGACAUUAGAAGAAGCCCUUGAGCAGGAAGAGGAUAUGCUUCUCGACCUGUCUUAUCCAGAUUCUCGGAUAGAGUUUUUUGUAUUUCUCUACAGUCAUCGCAACGAGAUUGCAGAACUUGUUUCAGACCAUUUGGGACUCGGUCAAUCCAACCAUUGUCGCUUGGGAGAAGUGAAGGAGUGGAUACACGGCAGCUUCAACGUCUGCAUCCCAGUUUAUGUCGAAAAUUGGAACAGAUGUUCGGCCAAGAGGGUCCUCAUACGAUUUCCUCUGCCGUACAAAGUGGGAGAAUCGGCUUAUCCUGGAAACGCCGAUGAGAAGCUCCGUUGUGAGGCCGCCACCUUCAUUUGGAUACGACAGCAUCACCCUGAUAUCCCGCUCCCUCGCCUUUGGGGAUUUGGAUUUGCUGGGGGUCAGACUUUUACCAGACCCGAAAACAUGCCUGUGACGACCAGGGUAAUUUGGCACUUCAAGCGAUACGUAUCAUGGCUCUUGGGAUUCCCGCUACCCUGCCCCUAUAUAAGCCAUCGUCGUCAGCAUGUGCUGGAGCACGGCUACCUUGUUAUGGACUAUAUUGACGAGCCAGAGGUGCAGAUGCUGUCAGAAACAUGGGACGAGUUUCCACAUGAUCCCAACAAAACAGCUAACUUCUACCGGGACUUAUCUCGCAUUAUGCUUUCCUUGAGCCAGCGUCCAUUGCCGCGGAUAGGAUCCUGGACGAUAGACUCAAAUGGAGUAUUACAACUUUCCAAUCGACCUCUCACUCUUCGCCUUCAUCAGUUGGAAAAUGCUGGUAUCCCGACUAACAUCGGUCGGAAUUUGACUUAUCCAUCAACCGACUCAUGCUACCUCGAUAUCUUGUCCUGUCACGACAGUCGUAUACGGCACCAGCCCAACUCCAUGCAUGAUGAGGAAGACGGACGUGCCCAGGUGGCGAACCUGACCAUCAUGCGGGCGCUUCUUCCUCUCUUCACCGACCGAGAGCUCCGCCAGGGACCUUUCUUCUACAGACUCACUGACCUGCAUCAAAGCAACAUCUUUGUCGACAAUCAAUGGCAUAUCAAAUAUCUUGUCGACCUUGAGUGGGCAUGCUCACUUCCAGCUGAGACCUUGCGCCCUCCGUAUUGGUUGACAGGUCAUGCUGCAGACGACAUUCUUGGUGAACGUCUUGACACAUUCAGCAAAGCACACGACAAGUUCAUGGAAAUUUUUGAGGAGGAAGAGAAGCGAUAUCCGCCUCUAUUUAAUUCCAGCAACUACCGGACAAAUAUCCUGAGAAAAGGCUGGAAAGUCGGGAACUUUUGGUACUUCCAAGCCUUGGAUAGCCCCAAGGGCCUAUUCAACAUUUUCCGUGACCAUAUCCAGCCAAAGUUCGCACCAUCUCAGAGCGCUGAUCCAUCAGACUUCUCGAGGAUAGUAUCCGAGUACUGGGCUGCGGAUACCAAGGAUAUCUUGGAGGGAAAAUUGAAAGACAAGGAGGUUUACGAAAAUGAGCUACGUCUGCGUUUCCAAAACAGUUCUGAUGGCACCUGA